AAGUAGCGCUCCAUGCCGCGAAAACAGUGAAGCAGGCCAAGAUGGCGGACUGAGCGGUUGUUGCUUUUCGGGGCAGGUUUCAAAAUGACGACCUUUUUCGCCAAUUAAGAUUCGAAUUCACCAUUACAUACCCCACAAUUAAUCUAAUCCCAUGUAAUGGAAGUUGAGUUUGUAACGGCUGGUGUGUUACCUGAAGUGAAGACGAGAUAGAAGAUGGACGACUACUGCUAUGCUAAGAUGGCGACGUCAUGUCAAAGACAACAUGAAAGAGAAUCAGAAACUUCCAGAAAAUCACCAACGGAGAUAAAGACAAAACCUGCAGAUGGAGACGUCCAGCAGCUGAUUGGUCAUCCAGAAGAACGUUCCACUCAGUCAGGAGGGAGCUCCACUUUGUCUCCAGAGCCACCCCACAUUAAAGAGGAAGAGGAGGAACUCUGGAUCACUCAGGAGGGAGACUGUCUCCGAGGACCGCAGGAGGCUGACUAUGAAGACAAUCCACGAGGAGACAACCUCUUCUCUUCGUCAGAUAGUGAGGCUGAAGACGAGGAUGAAGAAGCUUUGAACAGCGAUACAGACUAUGAAGACAUCCAGCAGCUGAUUGGUCAUCCAGAAGAACUUCCCCCUCAGUCAGGAGUGAAGUCCACUUUGAGGCCGGAGACUCCACAGUCACCCCACAUUAAAAAGGAAGAGGAGGAACUCUGGAUCACUCAGGAAAGAGAGUGUCUUCUAGGACCGCAGGAGGCUGAUCUCACCAAGUUUCCACUGAGCAUUCUCUCUGUGAAGACUGAAGACGAUGAAGAGAAACCACAACCAGACAACCUCUUAGCUCCCCUGUCCGAUAGUGAGGCUGAAGACGGGAGUGAAGAACCUUUGAGCAGCGAAACGGACUCCGACGGGCGCAGCGAAGCAGACAGUGAAGGUGACAUGAGAACUCACACUGGCAAAAAACACUUCAAAUGCUCUAAAAAGAAGAUAGACAAAAGAUGUUUCAGCUGCUCGUCUUGUGCUAAAAGCUUUAUUAGACCGGCUGAAUUGGAGCAACACAUGAGAACGCACACAGGAGAAAAACCAUUUGUUUGUUCAGUUUGCGGUAAAAGCUUCUCUCAAAAAGGCAAUUUGGCUCAGCACAUGGUCACACACACAGGAGAAAAAACAUUCGGUUGUUCUGUUUGCGCCAAAACCUUUUCCUACAAGACCAAUUUGACUCAACACAUGAGAACACACACAGGAGAGAAAACAUUUUAUUGUUCAGUUUGUGGUAAAAACUUUUCUCACAAGAGCAGCUUGACUCUGCACAUGACAAUACACACGGGGAAAAAACCGUUUACUUGUAUAGUUUGUAGUCAAAGCUUUGCUCAAAAGAGAACUUUGAUUCAACACAAGGUAACGCACACAGGGGAAAAACCUUUUGCUUGCUCAGUUUGUGGCAACCGCUUUUCUCAAAAGGGCAGUUUGACUGCGCACAUGAGAACACACACAGGUCAAAAACCAUUUAAUUGUUCCGUUUGUGGACAAAGCUUUUCUCAAAAGAGAACUUUGACUCAUCACAUGAGAACACACACCGGAGAAAAACCAUUUAAUUGCCAGGUUUGCGGCAAAUGCUUUUCGCAAAAGAGAACUUUGACUCAACAUCAGAGAACGCACACAGGAGAAAAACCAUUCAGCUGUUCACUGUGCGACAAAGCCUUUUCUCAAAACGGCAGCUUGACUUUACACAUGAGAACUCACACAGGAACAAAACCAUAUGAAUGCUUAGUUUGUGGCAAAAGUUUUUCUCAGAAGAGAAACAUGACUCAACAUAUAAGAACGCAUACGGGGGAGAAACCAUUUUGUUGCUCGGUUUGCGGCAAAUGCUUUUCUCAGAAAAAUAAAUUUAACCAACACGUGAGAGGACACGCCGAAUAUUUAAUUGCUCAGUCUGAGGUGAAAGAUUCCACCAUAACUCUCACUGGGGAGAAAUUGUAGUCCUCUUCUGCUAUGCUUUUACCGCCUUCAAAAUGUCCGACUUUGAACACCAUUAACAUGAAUCGAUCUGCCUGAAAGUACACAUUCCAGGUCGCCUGGUGUUCAUGUUUUGUGUCUGCAGACCAACCUCAUAUGAUGACUGAGUACAAAAAAUGUUCACAAGUUGCAGCCACGUUUUUUCAACCAUCAAAAUGUAGGACCGAUAAUGUUUUGCAAUUCUUGUCCUGACUCUUCAAAGAUUCCUUUUUAGAGAUAAUGUACACUUCACUGCACUUGUAACACAUUAUAAUGUUGCUGAGCAUGAUAUAACAAUUCUGAGUGUUGGGUUUCAGCAGCACAGGCGUGCAUGCGUGCUUUAAAGGGGAACAUUAUCACCAGACCUAUGUAAGAGUCAAUAUAUACCUUGAUGUUCCAGGAAAAAGACCAUAUGUUUUUUUAAAGGGGAACAUUAUCACAAUUUCAAAAGGGUUAAAAACAAUAAAAAUCAGUUCCCACUGGCAUGUUGUGUUUUUUGAAAUUUUUUUCAAAAUUUUACCAGUCUCCGAAUAUCCCUAAAAAAAGCUUUAAAGUGCUUGAUUUUCGCUAUUUGCAAUGCGACUAUCCAUUUCCCUGUGACGUCACACAGUGCUGCCAAUGUAAACAAACAAUGGCGAAUAGCACAGCAAAAUAUAGCGACAUUAGCUCGAAUUCAGACUCGGAUUUCAGCGACUUAAGCGAUUCAACAGAUUACGCAUGUAUUGAAACAGAUGGUCGGAGUAUGAAAGUAUUGAAGAAGAAACUGAAGCUAUUGAGCGAAUAGCUAUUGACGCUAUUCAUAGCCAUAGCAUGGCCAAAUAGCUGCGUUAGCAUCGCCGGUAAAAUGUGCGGACCAAACGAUCAGGACUUUCGCAUCUCUUGACACUAGAGCAACUUAAAUCCGUCGAUUAGUAAGUGUUUUUUUCGCAUUGAAUGUGGGUGGAAGGAAACGUAAUAUAGUUGCAAAUGCAUCUGCAGGUUAUCCAUACAUCUCUGUGCCAUGUCUGCUUUAGCACCGCCGCUAAAUAGCAUGUAAGCAUCGAUUAGCGUAGCAUGUUAGUAUCGAUUAGCUGGCAGUCACGCCGCAACCAAAUAUGUCUGAUUAGCACAAAAGUCAAAAAACAACACUCACCUUUGUGAUUUCGUUGACUUUAUCGUUGCAAAUGCAUCUGCAGGUUAUCCAUACAUCUCUGUGCCAUGUCUGUCAUCGCCGGUCAAAUGUGGAGACACUCUGGCACAUUCAAUGGGGGUCUGGCGGCAGACACUUUGGCAUCUUCGGGCCAGUGGUGCAACUUGAAUCCCUCCCUGUUAGUGUUGUUACACCCUCCGACAACACACCGACGAGGCAUGAUGUCUCCAAGGUUCCAAAAAAUAGUCGAAAAAACGGAAAAUAACAGAGCUGAGACCCAAUGUUUACAAUGUGUUGAAAAUGAAAAUGGCGGCUGUAUUACCUCGGCGACGUCACAUUCUGACGUCAUCGCCUCCAGCGCGAUAAACAGAAAGGCGUUUUUAAUUCGCCAAAAUUCACCCAUUUAGAGUUCGGAAAUCGGUUAAAAAAAUAGAUGGUCUUUUUUCUGCACCAUCAAGGUAUAUAUUGACGCUUACAUCGGUCUGCUGAUAAUGUUCCCCUUUAACCGAUUUCCGAACUCUAAAAGGGUGAAUUUGGCAAUUUAAACGCCUUUCAAUUGAUAGCCUGUCGGAGCGAUGACCUUUCACCCGUGAUGUCACAACAUGAAGCAACCCGCCAUUUUCUCAAUCUCAUUACACACACCAAGUCAAAUCAGCUCGAUCAUUUUCCGUUUUUUCGACUGUUUUCCCGUACCUUGGAGACAUCAUGCCUCGUGGGUGUGUUGUCGGAGGUUGUAACAACACUAACAGGGAGGGAUUCAAGUUGCACCACUGGCCAAAAGAUGCGAAAGUCCCUCGUUGGUUCCGCACACUUUACCGACGACAGCUAUGCUACGACAGAGAUGGCAAGAAUGUGUGGAUAUCCUGCGACACUCAAAGCAGAUGCAUUUCCAACGAUAAAGUCAAAGAAAUCUGCAAUAUUGGAAAAUAGACCACCACUGAAUCUGCCGGAGUGCCUUGGGAGCUAUUCAGGGUCGACGGCAGUCUGUUCCCGCAGACGAGCGAGGUAAACCCCCUGGAUGUCUUGUCUAAGACUUGAUAUAUGCCACUUCUUUUUCUGUCUCAUUUUGUCCACCAAACUUAUAACGUUGUGCAUGAAUGCACAAAGGUGAGUUUUGUUGAUGUUAUUGACUUAUGUGGAGUGUGCUAAUCAGACAUAUUUGGUCACGGCAUGACUGCAAGCUAAUCAAUGCUAACAUGCUAUUUAGGCUAGCUGUAUGUACAUAUUGCGUCAAUAUGCCUUAUUUGUAGCUAUAUUUGCAUCCAGCCUUUCCCUCCGCCCAUAUUUAAUGCCAAACAAACACAUACCAAUUGUUGGUUAGAAGGCGAUUGCCAAAUUUGGCUCAAUAGCUUCAGUUUCUUCUUCAAUUUCAUUUUCGCUACCUGCCUCCAUACUAUAACCAUCCGUUUCAAUACAUGCGUAAUCUGUUGAAUUGCUUACGCCGCUGAAAUCCGAGUCUGAAUCCGAGCUAAUAUCGCUAUACCUUUCUGUGCUACCCGCCAUGUUUGUUUCUGGUUGUUUCACGCUGUGACGUCACAGGAUAAUGGACGAGUGGAUAUACCGAUCAGGCACUUUGAAGCCGUUUUUCGGGAUAUUGUGUGAUGGGUAAAAUUCUGGGAAAAACUUCGAAAAAUAAAAACAAGUCCCUGGGAACUGAUUUUUAUUGGUUUUAACCCUUCAGAAAUUGUGAUAAGGUUCCCAGGGCUCUGUGUGCGUGCAGGCUGCUUUUAAGAUAAUGUACAUGUCAUUGUUUGUCUACUAUAUCAAAAUAAACACGAUAGGAGAUGUAA